AUGGGCCUGGACUUUGUCCGAGCAAAGGCAUUCGCACACCUCACAAGUCGAAUGGAGAAACUGAACCGCGAGAUCCAAGAGCUUGCGUCCAGACGCAGCAACAUGGAGCAACACGACACGGAAAGUGCAGAGAUCCUCCAGCGGGUCGGAGCUUCCUCGUUUGCUGAGGUACAAUGGCGCUUGAGGGCGAGGCAUCUCCAGGACAAGUUCUUGAGGCUGCAGGCCCUGCGACUUUUUCGGGGCUUCGUUGACACCCUCUACAUUCAGGAUUUCGUGGCUCCUGGCAUCGAGAUUGCAAUUGCAUAUCUCUUGCAGUUCCAGCAAAUCACAGCAGUGGACAUUUGGGUAUACACCCGGGUUGUGGAGGAUGCGCAGAACACUUUGUUGGUCCGCUUCCGCAGAGAGGCAGCAUUGGCCACUGUGAAGACCAAUGUAGAAAGGUUGCAGGCCCUUUCCAAGAGGCUGAAGAAUCGCACGAGACUGCGAUGCAAGGUGGACUCCGGGGCCUCGGCGAUGCAGGUAAGGAACCUUAGCUACAGCCGUGGUUCUCAGCUUCAGGUGAGGCUCGGAAGUGUUUCGCUGGAGGCUGGAAAGGCCUAUGCCGUUACAGGAUGCAAUGGGUGCGGCAAGAGCACACUUUUUGGGCUGCUGGCGGCAUGUGGCAAGCAUCAGCCAGAGCUCCCCGCUGGCAUCGAUCAACUGUACUUUGAGGACUCCUUUCUGGCUGGGGUGACCCUGCCAUCGGACGAAAUUGCAGAGAUACCGCAAAAGCUGUACUGUCCUUUGUUCACUGAGCCCAUGGCCUGGAUGUUCGGGCAUCAUUCGCUCAAGGCAAUGAGAGCGGAGGAUUUAGAAAGCCUUGAAUCACAAGUUCAGCAUUUUCUCGCGGAGCUAGACUUUCGUCCUUCAGCAUCUGCGGCUGACAUCCCGAUUGAUCUUCGAGCUGUCAAGGAUGACUGGUACGGAAAACUAUCUGGUGGUCAGCGGUCCAAGGCGGAACUUGUCAGACAGAUCUUUCUUCAGAAACAAUGCCCCCAAAUCCUACUUAUCGAUGAGGCGCUGGGACCCCUGGACGCGCAGUCCAAAGUCUUGGUUCAAAGGAAGUUGAAGGCCUUCUGCAAUCAAUCGCUGAUACUAGCCAUCCACCACCUGGAUGCUCACACCCACUGCGUGGCACCAGGCGGCUUCUUCGAUGACAACCUACACUUCGGGAAAGGAGAAGCCUCUGUCGUGGGCACCUGCGAGGUGCCGAAGACUGAGUGA